GUGUGUGUGUGUGUGUGUGUGUGUGUGUGUGUGUGUGUGCUUAUUCUAUGCUUCUGUUCUUGUAAAUAACUAAAAAAAAAAUCUGACUGACUAACUGACUGACGGGAUGACUGAGACUGACUUCCUCUCUGGCAGAUCUUGGAGGAGGUCUGUAGCCAUGUGGUGGAGAAGGAAGGCGGUGGUGAAGAGUGCGGUGGUGUUGAUGGUGGUGCAGGUUUUCGUGGCCGCGUGCGUGCUCUCCUUGUUACAGCAGCAGCAGGAGGAAGAAAACCAUCAGGAGGCGCAGCAGAAAUGGCAGACCCAGCGGGAGACGCCAGAAAGGGUGGGGCAGUACGUAAUCAUGUUCAACGUCCCCACAACAGCGUCCAUCGAAGCUCCAAUAGACCGUUCAAAGACUCAACCCGACAUCGAAGUACAAGAAUCGCGUCCUCCUAUGUCCCCGAAGACUCGAGUUCAAACCCAAAGCAAUAAGGAGGAGUCUAGAGGCGAGAAACAGGUCCUAGGUGAUGAUGGGAAGGUUCUUGAGCAUCGGAAAGUUGGGGCAUGGAAAGAACUUGAAGGGCAGACGAUAGUAAAGGAAAGGAAGGAAAAGAAGCAGGAGUCGAGAGCGGAAAACCAAAGGAAAGAGGUGUUUGAGCAUCCAGAGCCUAAGAGGACGAUAAGACAUGGAGGUCAGACGCUGGGGAAGGCUGGGAAGGAGGAGGAGGAGGAGGAAGACCCAAACAUCGGUCGUGGCUUCGUGGAUGAGUAUGUCACGUAUCGCAGUGAUGGCAACUCCUUUCUUCUGGUGGAUGACGACCCCGGGAAGUCCACCACGACGAAGAGAACGACUCCACGUGACCAUAACGGCUCAGGGACGAAGAACGAGAGUAAAUCGAGCCAGAAUUCUCACUCCAAGCGUACGAGACACAGAAACGCUGCCGUGGGAACUGAUACCAGGGUUGAGGACGAGUUGGAAGAGACGAAGGACUACAAAUUCAAGGCGUACGACUCUCACAAGCCCUUCAAGAUGACGAUGAAGGACGACCAGACGGAGCACUUCGCAGACAUCGGCGAGGCUACUUGUUUCACCGCAGGGACGGAUGUUGAGGCGACUUCGCGAGGGGUUGGCGGCGGGUGUCACUGUCUGGAGGGUUACUUCGGCGUGGACUGCGGGAUCCCUGAGGCUGCCUGGUUUGACACGUACCGCAACAAGCACCCAAACACAAAACUGAGGCAAAGAAAGGUGCCGCGGAGGGUGAUCAACGGCGUUACUGUCAACCACGAGUUCGCGAUGUUCGAGGCGCGUCUGCACGAACUCUACGAAGUGGUGGACGUCUUCAUCAUCGCGGAGUCGAACUACACGGCGCACGGGGACCCCAAGGCGUUUCUUUUCCUGGAACGGCUGAGGUCCGGGUACAUGCGAGAGUUUCAAGACAAGAUACUGUACGUGAGUCUUGAUACCUUCCCACGCAUCUCGAAGACCAAUGGAUGGAUCGCGGACUCCUACCUCAGACUCCACUUGAGCAACAAAGGUCUUCCACUCCUCAAAGACCUUCGGGAUGAUGACCUCUUUGUGCUCUCAGACGCGGACGAGCUGCCAACGCGCGAGGUCAUCACAUUCUUGAAGGUAUACGAUGGGUACCCAGAACCCAUCGGCUUAACAUAUCAAUGGAAUGUCUUUGGGUUCUUCUGGAAGGUUCCCCCGAAGGACACUUGGAGUAUCUGGUUCAAGGGCGCCAAGGAGAUGGUCAGCGAGGUCAAUUCCGUGGCCACCAUUGGGAUGCUGACGAAGGUGCUGUAUAACAAUGCCUUCUAUAUCCGGAAGACGGGGCUCUGGCGGUACUACAAGCUGCGCAAGAAGAUGAAGAAGUACCGCGAGGAGGGCCACCUGGUGAAGGAGUGGGUGCUGGGCUCGGCUGGGCACUACGCUGGCUGGCACUGUUCCUGGUGCUUCAGUCCCGUCAACAUAGUGGUCAAGAUGAACUCGGCGCAGGCGGAUGACAAGCCUCGGUGGGGGAACAUGCCGGAGAAGAAGAACCUGACCUACAUCGCCUCCAGGAUACGGGAAGGCGUCUGGUUCGACGAAGAGGUACACUACAUCCCGGCCAGGAACACCAAGGCGAGGUUCUACGCUCCACGCUACUUCAUGCAGCAUCCCGAACGAUACCGGUCCCUCCUCUAUCAUCCCGCUCACCCCCUCAACCAUGGACAGCCGUGGGCGCCGCCUUAGUGACGCUGGGGCCAAGAACCGAGAGUACGUGCGAGAUUCCAAUAUUAUGAAGACAGUGAGCUAAGGCCAACGAGUCUGUGCAGUAGAGGGACAUGCUUUUGAUCUCUCUGCCUUUUUUGUUAUCUGCCUUGUAGCGAAAAUGAGGAGUUUGUACCGAAGAAAGCGCAACAAACCACUCAUCAUCGUAAGGAAAGUGUGCUAAGGCCGAGUCUGUGCAGUAGAGGACAUGCUUUAGCGCCCUUCUGCCUCUUUUGUGGUCUGCUUCGUAGUGAAAAUGGGAAGACUACCGCAGACAACGCUAAAUCACAAGGACGAGCAGUAAGCAGCAAAUCAACGUAAAGACUGUGAACUGAGGCCGACGAGAGGGACAGUUUUGGUUCCCUUGGUGGAGUUCCGUAUUGGUUGUGACCAAAAAAAUGCAGAAAACUUUUACGUAAACGACUAAAAACUAACUUCGCGAUAAUCAAGUUCUGUUUUCCUAUCUACCACAAAUCCUUAGACACGAAAGUAAAAAUGAAACUCAGAUAAACCGAAAGACUACGCAAAAAACAACAAAAAAAAAACAAGAGAUAAAGUAGACCCCCAAAAAAAGUAAACCAGAGCGCCCCCCCCCCAAAAAAAAAAGUGCC